UUAUUAUUAUUAUUAUUAUUAUUAUCUAAAAAGAAAAAAAAAAGUGAGUCGCCCAAAAUUGGGCGAUUGAACCAUUAUUAUUAUUAUUAUUAUUAUUAUUAUUAUUAUUAUUAUUAUUAUUAUUAUUAUUAUUACUGUUAUUAUUAUUAAUUUUAUUUAUAUUCUUUUUUAAGAAUAUAAAAUGUUUAUUAUUAUUAUUAUUAUUAUUAUUAUUAUUAUUAUUAUUAUUAUUAUUAUUAUUAUUAUAAAUAAGAAAUUUGUAAGGAGUGGUAAUUUUAUAAUUUUUUAACUUGAAAGGCAAAUACGUAAUUUCAUAGGAAGGGGUGGCAAUAAAAUAAAAAGGUGGCUAAAUUUAGUAACUCCCCUUUUUUUUCGGUUCUCCCCUAUUUCACUGCAUCUAAAGUUCUACACCCCUCUUUCUCCAUUUCCAUAACCCUAAAAACCUAACUUUUUCAUUCUCUUGACCUUCUCCUUCUUGGCUUAUCAAAUUCUCGUCGGUAUGUUUCUAAUUCUUCUAAUAAUUAUACCUAUUGUGUUGAUUUUCUUUCUAAAAUCUAUUUUUAUGAUUAUUAUCCAAACUUUUUUCUUAAUUCUUUUGCUUUAGCUUUUAAUUUGUUGUUAAGUUGGAAAAUUUGUUUAUCCAACUUGAUUCAGGUGAUGUCAGACAACGAAAGAUCAUACGAUGAAUUUUGGGACAGCAUGUGGGAAAACGAAGCUUCAGAUGAUGAAGCUGGGAAGACAUUGUCGGACAACGGAAGUCCAGGCGAUGAACCUUUGUCGAAGAAGCCAAAAAUUGUUGUAAUCUUUUUCUAUCUACUUUGUUUCGGUUAUGAAACGUGGAAGUGGGAUACACUUGAAAUACCUGGAGAUAAGUAGAAGUGUUAUCAAAAGAAGCGACUUGUGAGAGGAAGCGACCUGAAAGCCUGCAACACAACUCGUUAGACUUGUCCGGGGGUGAUCUCCCGGAAAACCCCUCUGACGCUCAAGUUAGAACGUAGAUCGGAAAUUAAUGAAUGACAGAUUGUAGAAUGAAUGCAAGAGGGUUGUGAUUGAGAUUGCUAAUGCUAAUGCUGGUGUUUGGGAAGGCUAAGGGAGUAAUGUAAGCAAGAAUACUAGGAAAGCUAUUUCAGAUCCUCUUCCCUUCUUGAUGGUAGCCCCUAUUUAUAAUGGUGAGGAAGGGAAGUUAUUUCUGAGAAGAGAUGGACUAUCAUGGGAGUAGUGGGGCAGUUAUCAAGCCUGAAACAAGGAGAGCCAAGCAUGAUUGAAGAGUGGAAGGUGGUGGGUAGUUAUUCUCCUUAAAAGGAUGAUAGCCAGAGAAAAAGGAUGGCAGGGAAGUUCGGUAUUCUGGAGGUAAAAAGCCCAGGAACCCUCCAAGGAAGGCAGGAAGUCCAGCAGAAAACCCAUUGACCAAAAGUCAAAGUCAAUCCGGAAAGGUCAAAGGGUAUUUUAGUAACAUGAUGCUAAUAAUAUAAAUAAAUUAAUUAAUUAAAAAAUAUUACCAUGACAUUUAGCCCCACGCAUGAAGGAUGAUGUGAGGAAAUAGCCCCAACGACCGGAAACAUCUUACUUUAUGCGGAAAAGUUAAUUGUCCAUCAAAACCGAAUUCACGAAGAAACAUGGAUGUGGAAGACAUUCGAAUGCCCAAGGAGACGAAUAUAUCCACAACCUGGCAGACCUUCUGACGGAUUAUGAAAAUUGGGCUCGCAAGCUUCGAAUCGACUGUUCAUAUGCCAAAUUCCGAGUCGUAACGAAAAAGAUAUGGCUUUUUCAAAUUAGCCAUGUAAAAAUGCAACAAAUCUGAGUCAAGAAGACAAACAAGGCCGUGGCUUAAAGUAGGCCGUGGAGUAGCCCCGGGCGUAUAUAUAAGGCAGCAGCAGAAUCAUAGAGAGGGCGCGGAUCCGCGUCCUCCCAUUCAGUGUGUUCCGUGACAUCACAUACAACAAGUUCCAUACUUAGAAUAUUUUUCACAUCUUGGCCCACAGGGGGGUCCGACUUAUCAAUCCUGCGGACGAGCUGCAUACUUGAAAAAUCUUCAAGUCUUGACCCACAAGGGGGUCCGUCUUAUCGACUUAGCGGUCAACACAAUGAGUCUUCCUGACACCCCAUCGUAUUAUGAACAAGAAACCGCGGCUUAUAACAUGUCGUAGGAUGAUUGGAGUCCCGAUCCAGGCUCCUGCUUUGUUGAUAUCACGGAAAUACUCAAAUACUUAGAAUAUUUUUAACAAAAUAGCACCAAAGGAGGGUCCGACUUAUCUACCGUACGGAUGAGAUCAUCUGUUUGUCUUGAUGGCGCGUGAUACCAAGGAUAUUUAUGAGUCAAAUCCCAAGCAAUGACGCGGCAUGGUAUUCUCCCCAAGACAUUUCUACACCUGUUUGAACUAUGCCGCGAACUAAUAGUUCACGUCUUCACUCGCCAGUUCAGCAUGAGAAUCCCUCUUCGAUACUUAGAAUAUUUUGAGAAAGAGAAGGACCACCUGGGGGUCCGACUUAUCGACCACACGGAUAUCCCUGAUAUUUGUGGAAAAAUGUUCAGUACUCCGUCAAAACAGCCCCCAUUAUUCGAGCAUAAUACGGAAUGAGCCCCGUAACUCGCAUCUUCGAUCCCACGGACACACAUGAAAGGUUCUAUACUUAGAAUUUUUCACCUGGACCAGGGUCAUUUGAGGGUCCGACUUAUCGAAUUCACGGAUGAAUAUGAAGAUCAGCUACUUCACUUUUAUCAUUCCUUAUUUUUAUGACGCGGAAUAAGCUCUCAGACCCGUGCCCUCAAUUAUACGAAAAUAUGGGACUUCUCCUAUACUUGGGUUUCUACAUCAUGACUGAGUGCACCAAGGAGUCCGACUUAUCGAUCACACGGAUUUCCUUCUCCCUUGAAAUAUUUUUAUAUCUCCUUCCUUUACAUUUUAUCCGCCGUGUCUAUAAGUCGGACGGUUGAAUGUGUAACCUUUAUACUUAAAAUGAUUUUCCUUUCUGGAGAUUCAGUUUAGGGUCCGACUUAUCGACCCUCCGGACACAUUCGAGCGCUGAAGGACUUAGAAUAAUAGUUUAUAUUCUACCCCUCCCUGGGGGUCCGACUUAUCGACCCACCGGUUGGAUGGCUUGAUACUUAAACAAAUUUAUGACGUUCCUCUCUAAUUGGGUGUCCGACUUUUCGACCUCCCGGCUAUAUUCAAGAAUUUAACACUUAGAAAAAUUUUGCAACAUUAUCCUUUCAACUAGGGUCCGACUAAUAGACUUCACGGUCAUUACUAAACACUUAAGAUAAAAUCUGAUAGCUUCCCCUCAUUGGGAGUCCGACUUAUCGACUUCCCAGCUUUCCUUCGGAAUUCUACCCUUUCAUUCGAAUGCUCGAGUUCCAAGUGAAGCAUUUAUUGCUGCAAUAAAUAGGGUAGUUGGAAUAGUUCCAUUUCACCUAAUCUUCAUUAACUCCCUCAAAUCUUCAAAUUGCAAGAAAGAGAAAGUAGAGAGAGACGCUCUGACAAUCCUCAUCCCUUCUUCAAACUUCUGACAAAUCCUUUGAAGAUCUUCAAGGUUUCUGACAGAUCUUCAUCAAGUUUCUGACAAAUCUUCAAAUUUCUUCUUAAGGUAUUCAAACUUUUCCCAGAUUUUUCCAAUUUCUUCAAGUUAUUCUUCAAAUUGUUCUUGAAUUUCUUGAAUUUCUUCAAUCUGUUCAUGAAUGUUAGCCUAGAACUUUGAAUUUGUUUAUGAAUUUAGUCUCUAUUCUUUACAAGUUUCUACUACUACUUUAUUAUUAACAUGAAUGUCGCGACUACUCAAGAGACUAUAGCUAACUCAGACACCAACCCUACUAACUUGCCGGAAACUCCUUUGAUAGUACGUAGGCGUCUUAAUAAGAAGGGGUUACCCAUGAAUGACUCGGAUGAAAGUAGUUCGGUGAGAAUUACCCCCCAUUAUGAACCAAUAAAAGCUGGGGAUGAGUCGUCUGUAUCCCCUAUAUACCCUUCGGAGAUUAUGAAAACUGCUCCUUGGGAAGUGAGCAUUGCUUUCUUUCCAAAUUACUUGCCGCGAAUAAAUCCUGACCUAGAAGGGUUAUUGUAAUCUAGAUAUGGAAAACCUUGAAGGAUCAGCCGAGUCUUCUGGAAGGGAGAGUGCAGCGCCAGUUCCUCCUCCGUUCUACAUUCCAAACGGCGGGCCCCUAAACUACUUCAUUGAUUUACAGACCAAAAGAGAUCUAGACAACCGUCGGGAGGCCAUCUCUCAAAAAUGGGGUUUGAAGGACAAUAUAAACAUUAUUACCCCGGGGAAUUAUGACACCGUUAGGUUUCCUCCCCCACAUUGUAUAGCUGUAUACUUUCCUUCCUUUGAAUUAGGGCUUAGAUUUCCUCUUCACCCGUUUUUUAGGGAGGUGUUAGAGUUUUUGAACAUUUCAGUGCCCGAGUUAUACCCAAACGCCUGGGGUUGUAUGGUGGCCUUUUUGAUCUUAUGUAAAGUUUUGGCCGUGCCACCAACACUCACAGCUUUUAGAUAUAUAUUCAGAGCCCUCCUAUGUAAUUCACAAUCAUACGGCUGUGGCUGGACUACUUUUACACACCGUCGAGGACUGAAGAUAGUCCAAGACCUCCCCGAUAACCAGAAGGGGUAUAGGACGAAAUUUGCAUACUUAUAUAACUCAGAGGGAUGGAAUAUCAAGACCUCUUUUGACAUUAAACCCAACCUCUCGGGUUUUAAUAAUGGGAUCCCGCAAUGUUCUUUUAGUGACGCGGUGAUCAUUGAAUAUGCAAAGAUGGACAUUCAAUUGGGAAGGAAACCAAUGAACAUCCAACUUAAUUGGAUACCCGAUCGUCCUGAGUUGGAGAAUGAGAACCUCCUCUCAGCAUUCGGCAUCAGCUUGGCUAUCGAUCGGAGGAUAGCCAAGGAAAAUCUUCGAGCAAAGAGUCCGGAGCUGAUGAAGAAAUUCAGCGUUUUAACACUUGCUCAAGGGGCCAUCCAGCGGCCCGAGGAUAAGCCUCUUCCCCUUCCUCCGAAGAGCGACCUUAAUGAAGUCACUAUUGAUGAGCAUUUGGAAGCAAUUGAGGAAGCUGCUUUAAAAGAGUUAAUCUUGAAUACUUGCGGCAAUUUUCUGGUCGGUUGCAAGGAAUUACCUGGUCAACUUUAUGAUAGUCUGAUUGAAGGACUUACCACUCUUGUUUACCUGUUGUAUGACAAGGAGGAUUUAUACCGGAUGGGAAGUUCUCGCAUGGUUAUUGAUCAACAAAACAAGUUUUGGGAAGAACUUGCACCUAUAGGAGAGAAGGUUGAUCAAUAUACAGAUUUACUGAUAGAGAUGUUUACGGAUCGUGAUAUGAAAUGUCAAGAGUUUUUGAUCGCCAAAGCUGUGGAGAUAAUUGAUAUUGAAACCUUGUACAGCUUAGAUGCUCAUUCACUGUCUUUUAUUAUUCAGUGGCCAAACUCAAAGAGGUCUCCCCAUGAAGAGUUUGACAGCCUUCUUAAAUUUCACUUAUUCAACUUUACUCAAUGGAGAAAAGAAAUGGUCAAAAAUAAUGUGAAUGGUGUGCUUUUUCCUUUUUCGUAUUUAUUGAUGAAUUGGGACAACAUGUUGCCUCUACGCGGAAAUUUUGAUGACUUUAUUGAAGUUGCUGAACUUCGUCGUAAGGCUGAAGGGACUCGUUUUAUCAACAGGGAUCAUUUCAUGUGGGCCUUUCGUGAGAGAGGAUAUGAGCUCCCUAGUAUGUUUAUGGAUAUUGCAGCCUCUAGAAAUGCUGAUGAUAAAUCUGAUCAACCUCUUUAUCACAUAUAUUUUACUACAAUUGCGUUGUCAAAGGCUGGUCAAGAGCCCCUUCAAUUUGAACAUCUUGCCUUUGCGGUGGUUUUCAGCAAUUCUUUUGGCUUUUCUAAUGAGGAGGAGGUGGAAAAAAUGAAAGUCGACUUCAAAGCUUUCAAGACUGCUUUAAGUAACCAUGGUGUGAGUGUCCCAAAGGGUCGGUCUGGGUUCAAAACCAAGUCUUAUUUUUAUGACGAGCACACAAAAACAAUUAGGUGGUUCAAAGGUAAACUUAAGGAAGGCUUGUUCGACGAGUUAGCCUUUUGAACUCAUACAUAAUGAGAUUGUGAUGGACUUAUGUAUUUCAUCUAAUCUAAAAAUGUUAUAAAUUUUAAUUUGUGAUUUAUAGUGUUAUACUGUUUGAUCCUGCCAGGAGUCAUAUGCUUGUCUCAAAGAUUAAGCAUUCGCUACACAUUUAUUGCAACUUUUUAAAUUUUAA